AUGCUAGCUGAGCUGGGGGCUUGCCUGUUGCUGGCAAUGGUACUGCUGAACUCAGGUCCUGGGACCCACGCCAUGGAAGGUGUCAAGUGUGGGGGUGUGCUCUCGGCACCAUCUGGGAACUUCUCCAGCCCGAACUUCCCAAGUCUGUAUCCUUACAACACAGAGUGCAGUUGGCUGAUCGUGGUGGCCGAGGGGUCCUCGGUGCUGCUCACCUUCCACGCCUUUGACCUGGAGUACCAUGACACCUGUGGAUUUGACUUCCUAGAGAUCUACAAUGGGGCAUCUGGAGACAAGGGCAAUCUUCUGGGCAGGUUCUGUGGCCAGGUGCCCCCACCACCCUUCACCUCCUCGUGGCACGUCAUGUCUGUUGUCUUCCACUCGGACAAGCAUGUGGCCAGCCGAGGCUUUUCUGCAGGCUACCAAAAAGAUGUGUGUGGUGGUGUCCUGACUGGCCUGUCGGGGGUCCUCAGCAGCCCCGAGUACCCCAACAACUACCCCAACAACGUGGAGUGCCACUGGCUGAUCCAGGCCUCGGGCCCCGCCGCUGUCAAGUUGGUGUUUAUGGACUUCCAGGUGGAGGGCAGCGACGGAUGCACCUACGACUACGUGGCUGUGCUUGGUGCUCCUGGCCCUGCCCGCGGGCACCACUACUGUGGCCGCACCAGGCCCCCUACCCUUGUGUCCCUGGGUCAUGAGUUGCAGGUGGUCUUCAAAUCUGACUUCAACAUUGGAGGCCGGGGCUUCAAGGCUCACUACUUCUCAGGAGAAUGCCAGGAGGUAUUCACAGCCGUGCGUGGAAACUUCUCCAGCCCACAGUACCCUGGCUCCUACCCCAACAAUAUCCGGUGCCACUGGACCAUCCGCCUGCCCCCGGGCUACCGCGUCAAGAUCUUCAUCCUGGACCUGGGCUUGGAGGAACCCAACAGCCUGACCAGAACCUGUGACUUUGACCAUCUGGCAGCCUUUGACGGGGCCAGCGAGGACGCACAGCUGCUGGGGAAAUGGUGUGGUCAUCACCUGCCACCGCCUGUCACCUCACAUCACAACCAGCUCCUGCUUCUGCUGCACACAGACCGCAGCACCUCUGGCAGGGGCUUCUCUGUGGCCUACAUUGGAGUGGUACCCAUGAAUGUGAGCUGUUCCCGCACAGACUUCCAGAUCCUGAUCUCCGCCCAGGCACUGGCCCCACUGGAGCGGACCAAGGUCUACCUGGGCAGCCGGAGCUGUGCAGCCCAGGAAGUUGGUAGCAACUUCCGGAUCCAGGCCCGCUUUGACACCUGUGGUACUGAGUCUCAGAGAAGAAAUAACACCUCCGUGAUCGUCAGUGUGCUGUACAUUGAUUUCUCUGCUGCCGGACACGAGGACAUCCACGAGUACGAGGUGCGCUGUGAGCCGAGGCGCAAGGAGGCGUCCGCCCACUUGCUGUCGGGCUCUCACUGGCUCGGGCCCUAUGCCGCCACUGCUGAGCACCUCCAGGAGGCACCAUCCGGGGACGAGGCAGAGGUCCUGGAGAGACCUGGGACUGUGGUGGCCCAGGACACUAGUGACAUCGUCUUCCUGGGCCUCUGCAUCCUGGCUGGAGUCCUUAUGAUCAUUGCCAUUGUGGUCCUGAUGCUGCUGUAA